GAGAGAGUAUGAUAGUGUGAGAGAGAAUAAUGCUUAUUAAGAAAUGCCUAUGAGAGAAUAACAGAAUAAUGCUUCAGUCCUUAUCCACGUGUGUGGAUAUCAGUGGGAGUUACAGAUAACACGUAGAGACCCUUCUGCUGUUUUCAUUCUAAUAAUGUACCAGAGACUCAGAAACCAAAAUAUAUCAAAACUGAUUAGAAGGUCUUUUGGAUUUUUAUUACAGUUCAUUAUAUUCUACCCUGAAACUCCACUCCUGUCCAGGUGGUGGCGGUAAGGCGCCAGAUAGCGGCGUCUCCAACCUCCAGAAAACACUGAAGAAGGAAAGGUUUCUCUCCUGAACAUCUCCGUUGCCUGACAAUAAACUCUUUUUAUCUGAGAUUGUGAGUUUAUAAUGAAAUUUAAAAAGCGCGUUUCCGUGAGGAUUUAAAACUCCUUUCUGCUUUAAACCCGGAGGUCAAGGAAGUUAAAUAAAAGUUCAGCAGGAAACAGACUGCACUCUUCCAGGAAGUCUCCAGCUCUUGAUCCUGCUCGAUCACAGCUGUGUGAGGAGAUGAAAACAGAGACUAAAGAUGGAGGAACAGAAGGCAGUGUGAAGAAAGAGACACUGGAGCUGAGCAUCAGUAACCAUGGAAACAGCUUCCACAUCAUACCUGAAGUUGUCUCCAUUAAAGAGGAAGAAGCUGAUGUUAAAGACUUCCUCUAUUGUGAGGUUUGCAAAUCCGUCUUCUUUAGUAAGUGUGAGGUCCAUGGUCUGGCGCUGUUCAUCGCUGAUAGUCCUGUUCCCAUGGGGGUCGCUGACCGAGCCAGACAAACUCUUCCUCCUGGGCUGGAGAUUCAGAAGUCCGGUAUUCCUGACGCAGGCCUGGGAGUGUUUAAUAAGGGGGAGACUGUUCCAGUAGGUGCACAUUACGGACCCUACCAGGGAGAGCUGGUAGACAGAGAGGAAGCCAUGAACAGUGUCUACUCUUGGGUGAUAUACACGAGUCGGCAGUGUGAAAAAUACAUAGAUGCUAAGAGAGAGGUGCAUGCUAACUGGAUGAGGUAUGUGAAUUGUGCUCAUAGUGAUGGCGAGCAAAAUCUUGUGGCGUUUCAGUAUCGAGGAGGGAUUCUGUACCGUUGCUGUCGACCCAUUAAUCCAGGACAAGAGCUCUUGGUGUGGUAUGAAGAGAAAUAUGCCAGUGAUGUAGGCCCUACAUUUGCCCAGCUCUGGAAUAUAAAGUGCUCUCUCAGUGGAGAGAAGCUGCAUCACUGCUCAGAGUGUGGAAAGAGUUUUACUGAUCAGAUUAAACUCCAACAACACCAGCGCGUUCACACAGGAGAGAAACCGUAUCACUGCUCAGAGUGUGGAAAGUGUUUUACUGAUCAGAUUAAUCUCCAACAACACCAGCGCGUUCACACAGGAGAGAAGCUGCAUCACUGCGCAGAGUGUGGAAAGAGUUUCUCUAAACAGAGUCAUUUCCAGCGACACCAGCGCGUUCACACAGGAGAGAAACCAUAUCCCUGCUCACAGUGCGGAAAGAGUUUUACUAAUCAGAGUUCCGUACAGCGACACCAGCGCGUUCACACAGGAGAGAAACCAUAUCACUGUACACAGUGCGGAAAGAGUUUCUCUCAACAGAGUCAUUUCCAGCGACACCAGCGCAUUCAUACAGGAGAGAAACCGUAUCCAUGCUCACAGUGUGGAAAGAGUUUCUCCCAACAGAGUCAUUUCCAGCAACACCAGCGCGUUCACACAGGAGAGAAACCUUAUCACUGCACACAGUGUGGAAAGAGUUUUACUCAGCAGGAUAAUCUUCAACUACACCAGCGCAUUCACACAGGAGAAAAGCCGUAUCACUGCUCACAGUGUGGAAAAAGGUUUAGUCAUCAGAGUAAUCUUCAACGACACCAGCGUAUUCACACAGGAGAGAGGCCACAUCACUGCUCGCACUGUGGGAAGAGUUUUAUUCAAAAAAAUGAACUUCAAUUACACCAGCGCAUCCAUACAGGAGAGAAACCGUAUCACUGCUCGGAGUGUGGGAAGAGUUUCUCUCACAAAGAUUAUCUCAAACAACACCAUCACAUUCACACAGGAAGGAAGCCGUAUGUGUGCUCACUGUGUGGAAAGAGUUUUAUUCAGAAGGGUGCGCUUCAACGACACCAGCAUAUACACACAGGAGAGAAGCCGUAUCACUGUUCACAGUGAAGGAGUUUUAUUGACCGCAGUAAUUUCCGAAGACAUCAGGGCAUUCACACAGGAAAGAAGCCUGCUUAAAAUAUCACUGCUCACAGGACCAGGCUCGUGUGAUAUAACAAUUUAAUCUACACAAUAUCAUUCUUCCCUCAUACGGUGCAUCUGGAAAGUAUUCACAGCGUUUCACUUUUCACACAUUUUGUUAUGUUACAGCCUUAUUCCAAAAUGGAUUAAAUUAAUUAUUUAACCUGCCCAAAAAUAGGUGUGCCAAGCAUGUAGCAUCAUUCCCAAAAAGACUUGAGGCAAUAAUUGGUGCAAAAAGGUGCUUCAACAAAGUAUUGAGCAAAGGCUCUGAAUACUUAUGUAAAUGUGCUUUUUUUUUGUUUUUUAUUUUUAAUAAAUUUGCAAAGACUUCAAACAAACUUCUUUCAUGUUUUCAUUAUGGGGUAUUGUUUGUAGAAUUUUGAGUAAAAUAAUGAAUUUAAUCCAUUUUGGAAUAACGCUGAAACAAAACAAAAUGUGGGAAAAGUGAAGUGCUGUGAAUACUUUCCAGAUGCACUGUAUCUAGUGGUGUUUAUUCUGAUUAUACUGUAUUACCAUACCUCCCAACCUUUAUGGUUCAGAAAUGUGAAAUGUAUUAAAAAAAAUAAAAAAACAAAACAGCACUUUCAAUUUUGGCAGAAAGAAACAAAGGCAUAUAAGACACAUAAGACAUGUUUGAUCUAAACAUAAAGAUAAUUUAAAUUAAUGUUAACGUUGAUAAUUAGAAUACUUUUUUUGCUCAUUUACACUUCAUCAUCACUCACACUGGGCCUCAUUUAUCAGGCUGGAUAAGAAUAGAUUAAUUCACAAUUUGUGUAUAGGAGCAUGUACAUAAUUUGGUAUUCAUGAAAAACCUGAAAGUUCUGCAAAAUGUUUGUAUCCUACUUGUGUGUUUGUGUAAAUAUAUGCAUAAAAGACAAAUUAAUGUAAACAUAAUUUGUUCAAAUCUAAUUUGCUAUGAGUUACUGUGAUUUUAUAAAUGCCUUGCACUGUCUCAGUGCAUAUUUUUUUAUAUUUACCCACAUCAACUGAAUUAACAUUUUGUGAAGCUUAGUCAUUUCACCUGCUUCUCCUUCAGGGUCAUAGGGAACCUAGAGCCUAUCCCAGGGAGCAUGGGACACAUUCACACGCCCAUUUUGGGCAUGCCAAUCAACCUACCAUGCAUGUCUUUGGACUGGGGGAGGAAACCCCCGCAGCAUGGGGAGAACAUGCAAACUCCACACACACAGGGUAGGGGUGGGAAUUGAACCCCUAACCCUGGUAGUGAAAGGCAAAUGUGCUAACCACUAAGCCACUGCGCCCUUUCAGAGUGCUAAUUUGCCACUGUUCACUGCUCUUACCCAACAUAUGUACAUGUUCUUGUGGCUAGUAUAUAUUUAUAAGUGUCUUGGGAAAUUUGCCACAUUUGGGUGACACUAGAUAUUGUUUUUUGCUGGUAAAACCUGAAAGCAUUCAUUAUGUGUUUUGAAAGUGACUCGUAAUGUAAUGUGUUCCUUUCUUUACUAACAUACAUCUUCCUGUAACAAUUUUUUUUUGGUGAAAAACUAAUGUUUGGAAAACUUUUCUUACUGACUUAAUGCACACAGUAAUCAUCUAAGCCAAAAUUUGUACUUAGAAACAAAUAAGACAAGUUAUUCAAUAAAGAAGAACGACAGAUAUAUAAAAGAAGGAUGAGCUGUAAUUGACCUAGAGUGCAUCCGGAAAGUAUUCACAGCGCUUCACUUUUUCCACAUUUUGUAAUGUUACAGCUUUAUUCCAAAAUGGAUUAAAUUGAUUAUUUUCCUCAAAAUUCUACAAACAAUAACCCAUAAUGACAACGUGAAAUAAGUUUGGUUGAAAUCUUUGCAAAUUUAUUAAAAAAAAAAAAAAAAAAAGCACAUGUAUAUACGUAUUCACAGCCUUUGCUCAAUACUUUGUUGAAGCACCUUUGGCACCAAUUACAGCCUCCAGUCUUUUUGAGUAUGAUGCUACAAGCUUGGCACACCUAUUUUUGGGCAGUUUCUCCUAUUCUUCUUUGCAGGACCUCUCAAGCUCCAUCAGGUUGGAUGGGGAACGUCGGUGCACAGCCAUUUUCAUUGUUCAUCGGGUUUCAAGUCUGGGCUUUGGCUGGGCCACUCAAGGACAUUCACAAAGUUGUCCUGUAGCCACUCCUUUGUUAUCUUGACUGUGUGCUUAUGGUCAUUAUCCUGUUGAAAGACCAACCUUCGCCCUAGUCUGAGGUCCAAAGCGCUCUGGAACUGGUUUUCAUCAAGGAUGUCUCUGUACAUUGCUGCAUUCAUCUUUCCCUCAAUCCUGACUAGUCUCCCAGUUCCUGCCGCUGAAAAACAUCCCCACAGCAUGAUGCUGCCACCACCAUGCUUCACUGUAGGGAUGGUAUUGGGCAGGUGAUGAGUGGUACCUGGUUUCCUCCAGACAUGACGCUUGCCAUUCAGGCCAAAGAGUUCAAUCUUUGUUUCAUCAGACCAGAGAAUUUUGUUUGUCAUUGUCUGAGAGUCCUUCAGGUGCCUUUUGGCAAACUCCAGGCAGGCUGUGGCUUCUGUCUGGCCACUCUACCAUACAGGCCUGAUUGGUGGAGUGCUGCAGAGAUGGGUGUUCUUCUGGAAAUUUCUCCUCUCUCCAC